CCCAUGUAGCUGAGUCCAUAAGGCUCAUUUCUCAUUUCGUUAAGCCCAUUUGCCGCUCGUCUCUGGGACUGCACGGUUGCCCCGCGCCGCCGCCGCCGCCGCCGCCGCCUGAAGUCUUCGCUGCGCAGUGGUGGAUGCGAUGGCGGCGCCGGCGAGCGGUAUGGAGGAUGAGAGGGUGAGCGGGGAGGUCAAGCGGGAGGAGGACGACGACGAAGACGUGCCGCAGUUGAGUGCUGUGGCGAUGGAGGCGCUGCGGGAGUUCCUGGCGGAGCAGCAGCGGCCGGAGGAGCAGGAUGAAGGGGAAGGGGGAGGUUGGGUGGAGCUGGUGGCGGAGGACUGGCGGCUGAGCCAGUUCUGGUACGACGAGCGCACCGCGCGGGCGCUGGUCGAGGAGGUCGUCCGCCUCGUCUCCCCUUCUGGCUCGGGCUCCUCUGCCGGCGCCGUGGCCUGCAUCGCGUGCCCGACGCUCUACGCCUACCUGAAGAAGACCGACCCGGGCGUGCCCGCGCAGCUGCUGGAGUACGACGAGCGGUUCGGGCAGUACGGCGGCGACUUCACCUUCUACGACUACAACCGGCCGGAGGAGCUGCCGGCGGCGAUGAAGCACGCCUACCGCGUCGUCGUCGCGGACCCUCCUUACCUGAGUAAGGAGUGCUUGGAGAAGAUUGCCAAGACUGUGUCUUUCCUCGCACAGCCUGAAGGUUCAUUCCUGCUGCUGCUCACAGGGGAAGUUCAGAAGGACCGGGCGUUGGAGCUCCUGAAUGUUCAUCCCUGCGGUUUCAGGCCUCAGCACUCGAACAAACUGGGCAACGAGUUCCGGCUGUUUACAAAUUACGACCCCGCGGACAGACUUGGCGGUUGGGACCUGGGACGAAGUGAUGGUGCUCCCAUGUAGCUGUACACUACGGACUAUUUUGUUCCUGGCACUUGUUGCUGCUGCUAAUCUGCCUAGAGAAUGGUCACGUGCUUUGGCCGAUCCAGAGCUGUUUAAUCCUAUGAAAACGCUGCAUCUUUGUUCUGCAGCUCGCGAAGGAGUCGCUCCAAUUUCAACUGUAGCGACGGUUGUUUGAUGAAUCUGUGUGCCUCAUUUGUGUUUACACCGUUA